AUGGCUCCUGCUCGUAAGGGAAAGGUUAGAGAAGAACAGACCGUUGUGUCUCUUGGUCCCCAAGCUAAGGAGGGUGAGCUGAUCUUCGCUGUCGCUCAUAUUUUCGCUUCUUUCAAUGACACAUUCGUCCACAUCACUGAUAUUUCUGGUAAAGAAACUAUCACCAGAGUUACUGGAGGUAUGAAAGUAAAGGCUGACAGAGACGAGUCAUCUCCAUACGCCGCUAUGCUUGCUGCUCAAGAUGUUGCUGAAAGAUGCAAACAGCUUGGCAUCAACGCUCUCCACAUCAAGCUUCGUGCCACUGGUGGAACUAAGACCAAGACCCCAGGACCAGGAGCUCAAGCUGCUCUUCGUGCUCUUGCCAGAAGUGGAAUGAAGAUCGGACGUAUUGAAGAUGUUACUCCAAUCCCAUCUGACAGCACUCGCAGAAAGGGUGGUCGCAGAGGACGUCGUCUUUAA